AUGGAAGACCACACUUUUGACCUCGAAGAUGAUGUGACACAACAUGGUCACGGUCAAUCGUCUCAGCAUGACCAUGGAGGUCAACAUGGACAUGAUGAUGAUGUGAAUCAUAUCGUAGCAGCCGAAGCUGUUUUAGCCUCUUUAAGAGAAGUCAUCAACGGUCCUAAUCCACCUCCAAGUCAUGUUCAAUCUCAACUGAAUAAUGAUCAAAAUCAACAUGCUGGACUAUCAGCUAGUACAGCAACAGUACAACAAAACUCUCAAACACUAAACAAUUUUGGUCAACCCACUUCUACCAUAACCGAAGAAACAUCAUCCACUACACCUUCACUACCUCAGCCCAAUCCAGUGAUACCAAUCAUCGAGAAAGGCCUAACAUCACUCAUCGAACAGAUAGCAUCGAAUCGAAAUAUCUUGGAUGAGUUGAACAGUCCUAAUGCAAUCCAGAACUUGGCGAAGAACCUCAAAGCUCUAGGUGAAGGUAAUAAAAAAGAAUUAGAUAUCAUUGAGGACAUCAAAGAACGACUCAAAGCAACUGAGAAUGGAAAUGGCCUCAUCAGUGCUUAUCUGGAUCCUGAAGUAUCACCUUUCGUCCUUAGAACAGAAUAUGAAUCAAUGAAAUCUCGUUACAACGCUUUGUUGGUAUCUUCAAAGUCUACAGGAGGAAAGAAGGAGAAGAAAGGUAAAGCAGUAAAGCAUCAACCGAGUGAGAACCAACCGACAAGUGAACCUCAGGCGGAACAACCUCGUAAAGAGGCCGAGAAUGGACAGAAUAGUCAGCUGGGAGGAUUGGAAGGUAGGAAGAAGAGAAGUAUUAGGGUGGAGCACCUCAUUCAUCAAAUGGCCAAUCGGAGAUUAGGAGUCGCAUAUCCAGUAGCAAAUUUCAUGUCAAAUGGAACGAGAGACCUACCGGAUCCGACUUCCAUACCUCCUAAAGCAGAAGAAUCAGUGAACGGAGUAGACGAGUUUCGGCCGGAUUUCCGAGCAGAUGUAGCUGCUCCGGGAGUCAGAGCUUUCGUAGAUCAAGUGAUAGAAGACUGCGUUGAAUCUUGGCAAGUAUCGCUGGGUGAUGAUGAACCGGAAGUUGACAGGGAGAGAAUUACUGCUGCUGUCAACAUAUACUGGGCUAGACUAUGCAAACGAUACGAUGAGCAACAACAUCGUGAACGAGGCGAACUCCAUCGAGAUGAACUUUCUAGAAGGAAACAGAAUACAUAUCGUCGUCAACAAUCGCUUCUUGCACGUCGGUUUGCAGCCUUCGAUUCAUCCCCUCUCAACGUUUGCAAAUUAAGGGCUCUAUAUCGUACCCUUCUCACGAUAGACUUCGCCGCUCCCACCACGGAUUCACCUGAUCCGAAAAGAGAAUACACGGAAGAAGAGUGGAAAGCAUAUCGCAAAUUGACUUGUGGAGAGAGAGCGUCCGAGGCUCACGAGGUCAUUGAUCAGUUCUGGUUAAGUCCUAUGGCUCGCCAAUUGCUCACUAUUCUCGACGUCUAUUCGGCAGACAUGAAUGCUCGAGCACGAAAGAAGGGUCGACCCAAGCAACCCAAUCCAACCUUCCACCUUCCCUUUCAUCUAUGGGAACGAUCGACUCUCCCUUUACUCAGACCGAAAGACGCUUCUGGCUUACCUGUAUCUGGUGCACCAGGCAUUGUGUUGUACAAAUUCCACGUUGAUGAGAAGGUACAACAGGAAAAUACUGAAUGGGCAAAAGGUUUAUAUGAUAAUCCACCUAUCCCAGAUGAUGACUCAAAUCUACCAAAUUUAUCCGAUGUGAUGUCCAUGGGAAUAUACGCUUCACUUAAACCAUUACUCAAAGAAGCCAAGGAGAAAGCGAAUCCCAGGAUUUUGAGCAAAGAGGAAGUUGAAGACAUCAACAAUAAAGAAAUAUCAACCGAAGAACCUAUGGAACUUGAUCAAUCAAUAUUAGAUCCAGCCACUUUGAGCAUUGGUGUUGGAUUAGGUGAAGGAACUAACAACAACAAUAGUGACUACGCAACAUUGUUAGCUUUGAAUCGAUUGACUGCGGCGGCGAAUCCAGGAGGAGAUGAAACUCCAAAUUCAUCAUCCAAUACAAGUCCAGUACCACUACCUCAAACUCCAGGAUCAACAUCAACGUCAAAUGCGAUCAACAACCUGGCCAAUCCAUUCUCGCACUCAACCAGCAAUCCCUUGGCUGGCCUGAGUGGUAUUACUGAACACGUACUUGGACCGUCAUUUGGAUCUUCCAUAAGAGCUAGAAAAUUAGGUAAAAGAUCCGUAUCUGAAUUCCCAGGUGGAGCAGCUACACCUGUACCUAAGAGAAUCAAGAAAGAUUUGUCGUCAAACAAUUUAGGUUCACCGUCAAACUCGAUCAAUAAUACCAAUUCUAUAAUCGCGGAUGAGUUCGUUCAAGAACACAAUGAACACGAAUUGAACGAUAUAAACUCGGAUAUACUUCAACACCAUCAAGAACAACAACAACAACAAGAUGAAGAUGAUGAAGACGAAGAUAAUGUGGUUAAUGAAGAAGUUCAAGGUGAUGCUGAUUUCUUAAAUGCUUUGUAA